GUUCAUAUCUUGAGAAAUGUCAGCACCAUCCAGUACAUAAAAUAUGGUGAGGUGUGUCGAUGAACCUCAGAUCACAUUAGAACUUGAAGACCGAUCUGAUUUUUCAGCCAGAAGUGCUGCCUUUGAAAGCUGUUCUGGUAAAAACACUGAAAUGACUGCUGCAGGGACUGGGAGGAAACUGUACAGAGUGGUUGCUGUGAGCUUUGGACUGCUGUGUUUACUACAAGCUGUGCUCAACAUUUCCCUGCGUCUGACUCUCUACAAAAACCUGUCUGAUGAGAGAGAUGAGCUGAAGAGAAACCUGAUACAGAUGUCUUUGGACUUUGGACUGCUGUGUUUACUACAAGCUGUGCUCAACAUUUCCCUGCGUCUGACUCUCUACAAAAACCUGUCUGAUGAGAGAGAUGAGCUGAAGAGAAACCUGAUACAGAUGUACAAAAACCUGUCUGAUGAGAGAGAUGAGCUGAAGAGAAACCUGAUACAGAUGUAUCACGAUUCCCAAGACUGGGUGUAUUUCAGGGGUAGUGUCUAUUACAUUUCCUCAAACAUGAAAAACUGGAAAGAAAGCAGAGAAUACUGUCAGCAGAGAGGUGCAGACCUGAUCAUUAUCAACAGCUUAGCAGAACAGGAAUUUACUAGAAAUUUCCAACAUCAACUGUGGAUUGGACUGACUGACAGAGAGACAGAGGGGACAUGGAAAUGGGUGGAUGGGUCUCUCCGCUGAACACAAGUUACUGGACCUCACAUGAGCCAAAUGGGAGUCCAGACAGAGAUGAAGACUGCGCAGAGGUUAAGGACCAUAUCUACCGAAACAGCUGGAAUGAUGAAGCUUGUGACCUUCAAAAACACUGGAUCUGUGAGAUGAUGCUGCCACAAUAACUCAGCUCAGCACAGUUGAAAUCCAUUGCAAGUGCAAAGCAGCGCGCUGUUCAUGUAGCACAGUGUGAAAUGAGGAAGCAGAGGUCGGGGCUGAGGAAGACUUGUCUGACUCUCAUGUUUGUGACUGGAGUCACGUCCCAUUGCUGACCGAUGAUGUUGUAAUGUAAUGUUCACUUUUUUAAAAACUGUAAUCACAAUCUCUUAAUUUAUAUUUCUCAGUUUUUUAUGU